ACUCACCGCGCGUGGAACUCCUGGCCGGUUGUGCCCCGCGUGCAAGGCUGGAGCCACGGUAACUGUUCGAUCUGCGUCGGUUCUACUCGUCCCAGAGACCUCACGAACGGACUUCGUGAAACCGAUUCAGCGAAAACACAAGUCGGCUUUUGUUUUAGAGUUUUGUUUUGACACCCCGAGACGAGCGGAGGAGAGAGGCCAGCUCGCGCAUCAUUUUACUCGGCUUUAAUUUUCUGACUUUACCUGGUCCGCCGGAAUUUACCGAAACUUUCCGAGGGUUGAUUUCAACUGAUGAAGAUGACGGAGGGACUUGAGGAGAUCCUUCAACAGCUGACCGAGCCUGACAACGCGGUUAUUCAGCAGGCUACGGUCCGGCUGAAACAGGCUUUCAAUGACCCAGCAAUCAUCCCAUCCCUGUGUGCUGUCAUGAGCGGCUCCCAGAACCCUCAGAUCCGUCAGUCGGCCACCGUGAUGCUGAGGCUGAGAGUGAAGAAAAGCUGGAAGAAGAUUGGUCCAGAAGACAGGGAGAGCCUGAAGGYGGUGGUGCUUCAAGCCUUCAUGCAGGAAACAGAACACACGGUGCAGCACUCGCUGUCUCAGCUGUGUGCGGUUCUGGUCAAACACGAGACCCCGGAUCACUGGCCCGCCCUGCUGCAGCUUCUGAACCAGUCCACGCGGAGCACCAACCCUCACGACAGACAGGUGGGCCUGCUGCUGCUCAAUAAGGUCCUGGAGUCGAACCCAGAAGCGUUCAAGCCUCAUUACUGCCAGCUGCUGCAGCUGUUCGGCUCCGCCCUGCAGGACUAUGAAAACCCGACGGCCUUAUACUACUGCAUCCUCAGCCUUACAGCUAUAACAGAUUUUCUUGGGACUGAGGAGAUGAAACACAUGGGAAACAUCGUCACGUACCUGAUCCUGGCUAUGAGGCAUCUCAUCAUCGCCGAUCAGAACCAGGCCUCRGAAGCCAUGGAAGUCUUUAUUGAGCUGAUGGAGAUCGAAGUGUCCAUCAUCGCCCCUCACAUCAAAGACAUCGUUCCGUUCUGCCUGGAGGUGAGCAGGGACACGUCACUGAGCGACUCCCUGCGAGUCAAAGCCCUGUCCUGCAUCACCUUCCUCAUCAGGCUGAAGAGUAAAGCGGUGCUGAAGCUGAAGCUGUUGAACCCCAUCCUGACCGCCAUCAUCCCCAUCCUGACGGCAGCGCCCCCAGCCGGCGAGCAGGACCCCGAGGAYGAGGAGGACAGCGACGGGGACGAGUUGGACAACGACAGUCCCAAACACUGCGCCGCUCAGAUGAUCGACACGAUGGCUCUUCACCUGCCUCCAGAGAAGCUCUUCCAUCACCUGGUCCCCCUGACCAAGACCUGCCUGAGCAGCGAGGACCCGUAUCAGAAGAAGGGUGGUCUCCUGUGCCUGGCCGUGCUGGCUGAAGGAUGUGCAGACCACAUCCGCACAAACAUGCUGUCCUCGGUGCUGCAGACCGUCUGUCAGAGUCUGUCCCACAAAGACCAGGUGGUCCGCAGCGCCGCCCUCUUCGCCCUCGGACAGUUCACCGAACAUCUGCAGCCUGAAAUCAAUCAGUACUGUGGAGAGCUGAUGCCUCUGCUGCUGGGGUACCUGUCCUCUCUGAACGAGGCCAAAGUCGGACACCUGACUAAAGCUUUUUACGCUUUAGAAAACUUCAUGGAGAACCUGGGAGCUGAUAUCGAGCCUUACCUGCCCACCCUGAUGGAGAUCAUGCUGUCUGCUCUCCACAACGCAGAAAAMCUGAGAGUUAAAGAACUAGCUGUGUCUGCCAUCGGAGCCAUAGCCAACGCUGCCAAAGAGCUGCUGGUUCCGUACUUCACUCCGAUCAUUGAGAGCCUGAAAGGUUUCCUGACGGCCACCACGGAGGAGAUGAGGCCUCUGCAGACUCAGUCUCUGGACACUCUGUCAGUUUUGGCUCGUAACGUUGGACAGGACGUCUUCAGUCCUCUGGCUGCAGAAUGCAUCCGUCUGGGUCUGAACCUCACCGACACCAUCGACGACCCGGACCUGCGGCGCUGCACAUACAGCCUGUAUUCAGCCGUGUCCACAGUCGUCCCCGAGUGUCUCACGCCUCACCUCCCCGCCGUAACCACCAUCAUGCUGCUCGCCCUCAAGUCCAACGAAGGCAUCACGGCUCACCUGGAAGAGGACAAGACGUUUGUCCUCCUCGACGAUGAAGACGAGGAGGAGGAAGAUGGAAAAGCUGACGAACAUUUCUUGGAAGACGAGCCAGAGGAAGAUGUCCAGGAUGUUGCAGGGUUCAGUGUGGAAAACGCCUACAUGGACGAGAAGGAGGACGCCUGCGACGCUCUGGGAGAGAUCGCCUUCAGCACAGGCUCUGCCUUCCAGCCCUUCAUGGAGUCCAGCUUCCAGCAGGUUUAUGAGCUGAGAGACUUUCCUCAUGAGGACGUGCGGCGGGCGGCGCUCGGAGCUUUGGGUCAGUUCUGUCGAUCUCAGCACAAAGUUUGGACUGAGAGUCCGUCUGAGACCAACCACCAGGCCCUGCUGAAGUUACUGGACCUGGUUCUGCCUUGUUUCGUGGGAACGGUGAGAACGGACCGCGAGCGGCAGGUUGUGAUGAACGUCCUGGAAACCAUGAACARCGUGAUGAAGACCUGUAAGGAGGAGGUCUGCAGAAACCCGUCACACCUGAAGGAGAUCAGUCACGUGAUCCGAGAUGUUCUGAAGAAGAAGGUGGUCUGUCAGGACGGUGGAAACGAUGAUGCUGAUGAUGAAGACCAGCAGGCCGAGUACGACUCCAUGCUGCAGGAGUUUGCUGGAGAGGGAAUCCCCCUGCUGGCCUCUUGUGUUCCUGCAGACAAGUUCGCUCCGUUCCUCAACGAUCUGCUGCCCUUGAUCAUCAACAAAACUGUUGUGAGGUUCAUGAAGCCCAUAGUUUCUGCCUGCAGCCACGUCGCUGCACUCAAAGAAACCGAUGAAGAGACCCGGAAGGUUCUGGUGGUUCUGCUGAAAGCGCUGGUCCAGGACAGCGGAGCAGACUUCCAGGCAGCUGUGAGCUCUCUUCCUGCGGAGCAGCAGACUCAGCUCCACACGCUGAUCAGCGCCUCGUAGACCAAACACUAAGACUUUUAAUCCCAGAGAUUAGAAACGGGCCGUUUGUCUUCUGUUUGCCCAGAAUGAAAUUAAUUCAACCUUUUCACUAAAUUUAAUCUGAAGUUAAACUAAUCUGUUUUGGUUUCUUGUUCCUUUAAUCUGAUUAAUUAAUUUUUACCGUUUAUUUAACGGUUUGUAUUUAUCUGUAUUAAAGAAGAGUUUACAGAUUAUUUCCCAUAAUUUUUAUUCUCUUCAGUUGAGGCUCUGAGCCUUUUGGRUUAUUUAUGUUUGUGUAAAACUGAAUUAAAGUGUUAACAGAA